AGCCAGCAGGGUAGUGCGCUCGGCGGGCGGCCAGCGCGGCUCCGCUCCCCGCUCCUCCUCCCGCCGGGCCCGCAGGGGACAGCGACACUCGCCAGGCGCCUCCGUCCCGGCGCUGCCCCGCGCCCCCGCCGCUCGAUAAGCAGUUUCUGAAGACUGAAGUACCUGCCCAGGGAACACCUGCUUGUGAGGUGCAGAGGUGCCCAGGCAUGGCUGAGCUGGAGCACAACCUGAGCCUGGCCGACGCUCUGAGCGAGCCGCCCCACGACGUGGAGGAGGAGGUGAAGAGGGACUUCAUAGCCACCCUGGAGGCUGAGAAGUUCCAUGAUGUGGUUGGAGAGACAGUGGAUAAAACAGAUUAUGUGCCACUGCUGGAUGAUGAGGACGAGGCCAAGCCUGGCAGCCAGGAGCCCAAAAGCAAAGGGCACGUGGAUGGGAUUCCCACGGAACAUUGCUCAGCCUCUGGGCCCAUGGUGGUGGAGAAUGGUGACCACGGGCUGCAGGAUCCCCACUCAGUAUUCCCAGGAGGAAUCAUGGAUGAGAAGAUGUCCUACAAGGAGUUCCUGGACCGUAACGAGUCGUGGCCAGCAGAGGAGAGGGAGCUGUGCUUCAAACCCCUGGACAUGGCUGACCCCUUCAGCAUCCACAGAGGGGAGAACCUGCCAGAUUUCCCCUUCCCCACGGACAUGAAGAACGUGCCCCUGUUCCCAGGCCAUGCUGAGGCUGCCAGGGACAUCCUUGCUCCACACGGAUCCAUGAUGGGACCUGAACAACCUUUCCUGGGGCCCCUCUAUUCCCCUGCAGAGGCUCUGGACCCAUCAGCCUUCAUGGGCCUCGAGUCAGGCACAGAAUUCCUGCCAGGAAAAGCAGCACCUGAGGAAUACUGGAUGGGAGCUCAGCAGGACAUGAAGGGACCAGAUACCUCUUUCUUUGUUGAGCCACCAGUGCCCCCUGCAGCCACAGAAGCCAUCAGGACCAGCCUGCCUGAGAGCCCCACAGCCCCUGGGGAGGCUCCUGCUGCAGCCCCAGCCCUGCCAGGGGAGGCUGCAGCCCCCCAGGGCUCCACAGCAGGUGCAGCCUCCAUUCCUGCUGCAUCCCUUCCCUCAGAGAAGGCUGGGGCUGGAGACUCCAAGCCCCCCCCAGCUCCCUGCAGCCCUUUCCAGGCCAUGGAAACCCAGGAUCUGGGGCUCUCUGCUGCUCCUGAAGCCAGCCCUCCCAAAGGUGUCAAUGAUGUGCCCACCCCAGGAACAGAGCUCAGCUUCACCCCAGCAGCAGAUGCUGGAUCCCACCAAGGGGUGGGUUUGGGGUUUGCUCCAACACCAGGUGUGGAGUCCCACCAGACCAUGGAUUUGGGAUUUGCCCCAGCAGCAGAUGUGGAAUCCCACCAUGGGCUGGAUUUGGGAUUUGCCCCAGCAGCAGAUGUGGAAUCCCACCAUGCCAUGGAUUUGGAAUUUGCUCCAGCAGGAGGUGUGGAGUCUCAACAGACCAUGAAUUUGGGAUUUGCUCCAACAGCAGAUGUGGAAUCCCACCAGACCAUGGAUUUGGGGUUUGCUCCAUCAGCAGGUGUAGAAUCCCAGCAGACCAUGGAUUUGGGGUUUGCUCCAUCAGCAGGUGAAGAAUCCCAGCAGACCAUGGAUUUGGGGUUUGCCCCAGCAGAAGAUGCAGAACCUCCCCAUGCCUUGGAUUUGGGGUUUGCCCCAGCAGCAGAUAACAAAGCUCAGCACGUUGUGGACUCUGAGUUUGGCCCAGCAGCAGAAAUCAACCAUCACCAUGCCCUGGAUCCUGGGCUGGCUCCAGCUGCAGCCAAGCCUGGCCCUGCUGUGGCAGAGGAAGCUCAGCCUGUCCCUGCAGCUGUGUCUGGGGAGCUGCUGACAUCCCUUCAGCAAGAGAAGUGUCCUGCAGAAGCAACAGCAAAGGUGGAAGCAGAAUCCAAAGUGCCAGAAGUUUGUGAGGAUGACUCAGAGAAGAUGAAGGAAAAGGACAGGAAACCCCCUCCCAGCCCCUUGAGUGAGGAGGCUGCAGGGAGCAGCAGCUCCCAGGCAGAGGCAGCAGCUGAACCAAGAGGAGCACUAGAAAAUAAAGACCUUCCAGAAAAAUCUGCUCCUGCUGAGGAUGGUGAGACACAAAAGGAGGAGGCUGAGCACAACCACAUCCAACAUGCAGAGCCUCAGGAAGGGAAAACCCUGCAGGAGCCCACAGGUCUUCCCAGUGCACAAGUCAGGCAAGCUCCCAAAUCCAGGGACCGUGGGUUUGGCAGAGCAAAAGCUGCCCCAGUGCCUCUCACAGAUGUGCCAGAGGAGCAUCCCAUAGGUGUCCCACAGCAGAAGAGUCCUGAGCCCAGAGCAGAUCCCUGUUCCUCAGUGCAGCUUGGAACAUCCCCUGGCUUUAGGGCUCCUCACAAAAAAGCCACCAGUGUCCCCAUGGAGCCUGUGGAGAGCUGCAGAGAUCCCCCCCAGGAGAGCUGGGAUUUGGAAGGUGCUGUUGUGAAGAAAAAGAAAAAGAAACCAAAGCAGAGGAGAAACCAGCUGCCAAGAGGGCAGGAGUGGUGGGAUGAGAAUGGAGCAGCCCCCAGAGCUGCCUUUGGGGGGGCAUGGCAGAGCCCAGCCACGGGCAGCAGAGCUCUGGAUGUGCCAAAGGAUGCAGAAAUAACAGCUGGGAGUCACAUCCUGCAGCAGCAGAACUCCUUCCCUGUGCCAGCCCCAGCACAGCAGGACCCAAAAUGCAGAGUGCUGGAUGCCAGACCCGGGGAGGAGAUGGGGGCAGAGGGAAGGAGAGGUGACAGCUGGAUGCUGGAAGCUGAAGGCAAGAGCAAAGAGGUUCCCCCAGAGCAGGUGGGCAAGGAUAAGGUGGAGGAAUCUGCUGCAGCAAAGGGACCCACCAAGCCCACAGAGAGAGAUUUCCCCAAGAAAAAUGAGAAGAGAGAGGACAAGGAGGCAAAAGGUGCCAACCUGAGCAAAGCAGGAACUUCCUCACAGACCAAACCUUCAGAAUUGCCUCUUUCCCAUAAAAACAAGGAGCCUGAAACCCCCUCUCCAGGGCAGGAGGCACCCAGUGACUCUGUCCAUCAGCCUUCCCUGGAAACUGCAGCCAAGAAAAACUGGGAAAAAAGCAAAGGGGCUGAAAAUGAAUCCCUCAAACAGCCUCACCUGGAGGACAAGCUCCCCACAGAGCCUAAGGCAGCUGGAGAAAAUCAAACAGGCUCAGAGGGAGGAGUGAAGAGCCCAAGAGAUGCUCCUGCAGCUCCUGCUUUAGUUUCACCAAAAGCUGGGGAGGCUCCAGCUGUGCAGGGCAAACAUCCCAAACAUCCCAGCCCUGGGCAGGCAGGGGGCAGGGGGGUGGCAGCAGCUCCCCCAGACCCAGACACAGGGAAAGGAUUUGCUGCCUCUGAGCCCCAGAGUGGGACACAGGGGAUGGACAGACCUAAAAAAAAGCACAGUGAAGGGAGAGGCAAAAGGAUGAGGAGCUGCUCAGAGCAUCUCUCAGAGGAUGGAGGCAAACUCACUGCUGGAGGGAGGACAGAUGGGGCUGGGAAGGAAGGAGUUAGUGCUGCAAAUGGCCAGGCUGGGCCCCCAGCAGGCAGCCCUGCAGCAGCCUGUCCCCCAGAGAAACCCAGAAAGAGAGGCAGUGAUGGCAGGAGCAGGAAAGGGGAAAGGGGCUUUUCCCAGCAGCCUGUCCUUGAGGAGAAGGUGGAUGCAGGAGGUUUGGCUGAGGUGGCUGAUCAGGUGAAGGAGGGCAGUGAUAAGGGGGGCUCUGUCCCUGCUGGGGGCUUGCAGGAAAACACAGCCAAAGUUGAGCUGGGAGCAGAGAAACUGAAGGAAAACACUGGGAAAGGUGAAGCAGCUGAUUUGGGGGAUUUAGAGCAAGAGAAGAGCAGAGAGAAAGGCAGAAAUGCUGCUGUGGCUGCCAGCACCAGCCCCACAGAGCAGGAGGGGGCUGGGAGAGGCAGAGAGAGCAGAGGCUCUGCUGGGCUCAGCUCAGAGAAGGGCAGGAAGAGGAGCAGUGAUGGGAGAAGGAAACAGGCUGGGAGGAGCCCCUCGGGGCAGGCAGCUGCCCUGGGGGCUGGGGGGGACAGCAGGGAAAGGAGCUGGGAGAAGGAGAAGGGGUCUGGUCUGCAGAGAGAGGGGCUGGGGGGGCCCAAAAUCCAGGGUGGUGAUGGGAGGUUCUCUGAGCAGCCAAAUCUUCCAGGCCAUAAAACAGAGAGUUCAGAGGCAGAGACAGGCAGUGCUAAGGAAAGCUGGAACGAAGGGAAGGCAGCAGAUAAAUCCCAGGCUCCCCCAGAGCACGGGGCAGGGAUGCACAGUCCCACCUGGGAGCUGGGGAAGGACAAGGCCAGGAGUAAAAGCAGAGAAGGGAAAGGCAGGAAGGCUGAGCUGGGGCCAGGUGACAUCCCUGCAGUGGGACAUGUUCAACAAACUCAGUCUGAGAAGGGCAGAGAGAACUCCAGGGCUCCUGCCAAGGCUCCUGCUUUGCCUCUGGAGCCAGGGAAAUCACCCACAGGAGGUGAAGAGAAGCACAAAAAGGGGGAGCCUGGGCCACAGCAGCCUCUUCUGCUGGAGCAUGAAGCAGGAGCAGGGAUGUUCCCUCCUCCUGGCCUGGACAUCAGGGGCAAACCUGAGGCAGGAGGUGCCAGGAAUAAAAAUCCUACUCCAGAGCAGGCAGCAGUGUCAGAUCCCAGCCUGGCCCCAGUCAGUGACAGAUCUAAAAAGAGGGGCUAUGAUGGAAGCAGUAAAAAGGCUAAAAGUGCCUCCAGGCAGCCUGUUCCUCUAGAGGCAAAAGCAGAGAGGAGUGAGGCACAGCCUCCCCUGGGAUCUGGGCUGGAGUGUGCCUUGGGAGGCACAGACUUGGUAGAUGAAAACAGAAACAUUAAAAACUUCCCCACUGGCCCUCAAAGAGUUUGGAAUAACAAAGGAAGUGAUUUCAAAUCCCAGUCUCAGACCACAGCAAGUGGCUCUGGUGAUGGGGGUGAUGCUCCCUGUGGCACCCCAAAGCAGAGGGAGGGGGGUGCAGGGACUGGGGGCCUUCCUCCUCCUCCUCCUCCUCCUCUGGAAGCUGUGGCAGAGAAAAGCAGCAGAGAGCCUGAGAAGGAGAUGCAGACCCAGAAAUGUCGUGAGCAGCCCCUGGAUCUGGGACACAGAGCACCUGGCAAAGAGGGUUCACAGGCAGGAGGGAGGAGCAGGGAGGCUGGUUCCCAGGAUGGCCAGCCCAAGGACAGGAGUCACCUUUGCCACGUGGCAGGGGUAGAUAAUAAAGAAAUAAAACCCACUGAUAAAAAACACAGCACUGGCAAGGCUCCCUCAGAGCUUCCUCAUGGGGCUGCAGAUCCAAAACCCAGAGCAGAGGCAGAGAAGGGCACAGGCAGCACCUCCCCUGCCCCUGCAGGGACCCCUGGGAGCACAGGCAGCACCUCCCCUGGCCCUGCAGGGACCCCUGGGGACACAGACAGCACCUCCCCUGGCCCUGCAGGGACCCCUGGGGGCACAGGCAGCACCUCCCCUGCCCCUGCAGGGACCCCUGGGGACACAGGCAGCACCUCCCCUGCCCCUGCAGGGACCCCUGGGGGCACAGGCAGCACCUCCCCUGCCCUGUGCCAGGCUGUGCCAGCAGCUGGGAUGGACAGGAAAGCUGCAGGGGCUGAGCCUGGGGCUGCUGGUCUGCAUGGGACAGCUGCCCAAACUGCCCAAAAACAGCCCAAAGAGAGCAGGAAAGGUCCCUGUCAGCCUGCAGAGGUGAGCCCUGCUCCUGCUGGUGAGAAUCUCCUGAGGGGUGCUCCAGUGUCACAGUCUGAGAUGGAUAAACCUGGAAACAAAACCAAAGAAAAGGAUUCUCAAGACACAAAUAAAGGAAGAGAAACUCAAGAUACAACUAAAGAAAAGGAAUUGCAAGAAACAACUAAAAAGGAAUCUCAGGACAUAAGUAAACAAAAGGAAUCACAGGAUGCAAGUAAAGAAAAGAAAUAUCAAGAAAUAACUAAAGAAAAGAAAUCUGAAGAAAUAACUAAAGAAAAAGAAACUCAAGAAAUAACCAAAGAGAAGGAAUCUCAAGAAAUAAGUAAAGAAAAAGAAUCUCAAGAAGUAACUAAAGAAAAGGAAUCUCAAGAAAUAACCAAAGAGAAGGAAUGUCAAGAAAUAACUAAAGAAAAAAAAUCUCAAGAAGCAACUAAGAAAAAGGAAUCUCAGGACACAACUAAAGAAAAGAAAUCUGAAGAAAUAACUAAAGAAAAAGAAACUCAAGACAUAACCAAAGAGAAGGAAUCUCAAGAAAUAACCCAAGCAAAGGAAUCUCAAGCCCCCCCUAAAGGAGCAGAGCAGUGUGAGCAGAGAGCAGUGAGAGAGGCCAAGGAGAGAGGGAAGGUGCCAGAGCAGCUCAAGGGCUCCCUGAGACCCAGCAGGGCACGAGGGGCCCCAGCCCUGGCCCCAGCCCGGCAGGACAGAGGCAAAGCAGAGGAGCCCAAAGCAGCUGAGGCAGUGAGUGGGAACGACAUCUCAGCUCCUCCCAACAAGGAGCUGCCUCCCAGCCCUGAGAAGAAGAGCAAGGCUGCUGCACCCAGCUGCACUCCCAAGGCAGCAGUGAAAGCCAAGCCCUCGGCCACCAGCAGCCCCAAGAGGCCGAGCUCAGCCCCCCUGGGCACAAACAAAAAGGCCACGAGCCCCAGUGCAGCCCCUGCUGCAGGCAGCACCUCCAAACGGCCUGGAAGCAGCAGCAGCCGCCCCUCCACCCUCACUCCUAAAGAGACUAAGCCAAAGGUGACAGAUGCAAAGCCCACGGAGAAGAGGAGCUCCCUGUCCAAGGCUCCAUCCUCCAGCACUCCCAGAACUCCUGCCAGGAGCUCCUCUGCUGCUCCCAGGACCUCGGCGCCGUCGCCGGUGGCGGCAGCGGCUGCUGCCAAAAGCACCGUGGCUCCUGCCAAGAGACCGACCUCCAUCAAGACGGACUCGAAGCCGGCAGAUGCCAAGAAAACCUCAGCAAAGUCUCCCUCAGAUGCCAGCCGGCCCCGGAGCGCCCCCGGCAGCGCCAGCAGGAGCAGCGGCACCGUCCCUGCCAGCGCGGCCCCCGGCCGGCCCCGGGCCAAAGCUGCCGCCCCCAAAGCCGCCGCGGCCUCCACGGUGUCGGCAGACGCCAAGAGAGCCACGGCCAAGGCCACCAAAAGCAGCAGCACGGCGGCCAACAGCAGCACGGCGGCCAACAGCAGCACGGCGGCCAACAGCAGCAGAGCCCCGCGGCCCGGCAGCGCCGCGCCCGACCUGCGCAACGUGCGCGCCAAGAUCGGCUCCACCGACAACAUCAAACACCAGCCCGGGGGGGGCAAGGGGAAGGUAGAGAAGCGGCCCGAGGCGGCCGGCGCCGCGCCCAGCCCCGAGCCCAGCGCGGGCUCUAAGGCGCCUCCCAAAGUGGCAGCAAAAGAGGGGGUCCCCAAACAGCCCAAUGGGAAAGUCCAGAUAGUCUCCAAAAAAGCGAACUACAGCCAUGUUCAGUCCAAGUGUGGUUCCAAGGACAAUAUUAAGCAUGUCCCUGGAGGUGGGAAUGUGCAGAUCCAGAACAAGAAAGUUGACCUUUCCAAAGUGUCCUCCAAGUGUGGAUCUAAAGCAAAUAUCAAGCAUAAGCCAGGGGGAGGAGAUGUCAAAAUCGAGAACCAGAAGCUGAACUUCAAGGAGAAGGCCCAGGCCAAGGUGGGGUCUCUGGACAACGUGGGACACUCACCAGCUGGAGGGGCUGUCAAGGCGGAGGAGCCGGCGCCGCUGCCGCCGCAGAACGGAGCAGAACCGGGGCCGGUGCCGGUGCCGGGGGCGCCGCCCGCGGGCCCCGCGCUGCGGGAGAACGGCGUGGGGCCGGGCCUGGCCGGACAAAGGGAACUGCAGAGCCUCGACACUCACAUCCAAGAAACAAGCAUCUAAUGAUGACAUUAUGGUAUCGUCUUCCAUUCCCCUCCUGUCCCUUGUCUCCUCCUGUCCCCGUGUCCCCUUGUGUCGCUGCAGAUUGAGUCUCACAAGCUGACGUUCCGUGCGAAGGCCAAGGCUCGGACAGACCACGGAGCUGAACUCGUGUCUCCAAUCCCCGCACCCUUUCCAGCAGCACCUGCCCCCGCCGUAGCACCUCGGCCAGCGACAGCCCGGCCUCGGCCGCCUCCCGCCACGCCCAGCAAGGCUUGUGCCCCCCGCGCCCCCGGGGACCCCAGCUUGGCUCUCUUAACCCGCCUGGUCCGUGGGAAGGGGCCGCGGUUCCCCGCUCCGGGCAGGGCAGGGCAGGGCAGACCCUGCGUGCGGGCUCGGCUUCGCUUCGGGUUCGGUUGGGUUGGGUUGGGGCUGAGGCCAGGCCGAGUUAACAGGGAUAAGCUGUGAUCUUUCUUUCUGUCUCUUUUUUUCACCCCUUCCCUCCUCGCCGCUUCAGUUUCUGCCGCCUUUGGGAUGCUGAUAAAUCCCCUCCACACUCAUUAGGCUGUUUUAACUGUUGACUUGAACCUUUUAUUCUUUGUGACGAAGUGUUGAUGAUUUAUCGUGUUCGAGCCCGUGCUAAGUUUCCUUUUCUCUUUCCUUCUUUUCCGACCGUAGGAGAGUAGGGACAUUUAACCGCUGCUGCCGUGCUGGCUUCUUACUGACAUAUCCAGCCGCUGUAACUUCUUUGUUGUUGUUUGGGUUUGGUUUCUUUUUUUUUUUUUUUUUUUUUUUUAAUAUUUUAAAACGAUGGAGCGAGUUCAUGGGAUUAAGCCAUGUCUGGAAGGAAAGGCACAGGGAUGUGUAAAGGGCGAACUUGCUGUGAGAGCUCAGGUGGAGCCUGUGUUGACCUCGAGAUGUGUUAAUGAUGCUCGAGAUGUGUUAAUGAUGCUCGAGAUGUGUUAAUGAUGCUCGAGAUGUGUUAAUCGAUGCUGGCGAGCCCUGCCCGGUGCCUUCUGCACAGGUGGUUUAUUUAUUCCCCAGCCCUGGCGCUUGUCCCGUGUUUGCAGGGCUGCGGGAGCAGAGGUGGCCGUGGCAGGGCAGCAGGGCUCAGGCUGGCGGUGCCGAGGCUGCAGCAGGUCCGCGGGGGUGUGGGGAGCGUGUGGGGGGUUCGUGGUUUUUGGGGGGAUGGAUGGGGGACCCGAGAGGCGCCGGGAUGAGCAGGGAAGGGCAGCGCUCAUCCCAGGCUGGGCUGGUGCCAGGGGGUUGCAGCUCUGACCGGGAAAGAGAUUUUAACCACUCCUGGAGCUCCUCGUUUCAAAUGACACUAAAGAAACGAAAUGUAAAUAAAUGAAAACAAAACAAAGUUCUCGGGUGGUCAGAAAACUAAUUUAAAGAGAAAAAAAAAUAAAAUAUAAAAAAAGGCAAGCAGAAUAACAAAACACUGGGAUCAAAGAGAACUGAACCAGGCGUGUGCUAAGGGGGGUGCUCCAGGAGGGGACAGAGGGAAGCCUGCAGCUUCUCGUGCUUGGGGGAGUAUUUCUUUGGGAAGCCAACAACGACACGAUAACCCGGAAUCUGUAUUUACACACAAAGAUUCUUAUUGCACUUGUAUUUUUUAUAUUAAAGUUUGCAUGGUUUCUAAUAAAAUGGCAUUAAAAUGUACUAGUUUGCAUCAAAGUUGUCUGGUAGUUUCAUAAGUGCUUUUUCAUCUGAAUACAAAUUUAAACGAGCAAUGCAGAUUUGCACCUGAAAGGGGCGGUUAUAUAUACCCAGAGCUCCCGAUGCUUCCUCCCCUUCCUCCUCCUCCUCCUCCUCCUCCUCCUCCUCCUCCCCACCUCUCCCCAUCCCUGACCCCAGCCGGGAGGCGGCCGUGCCGUCGCUCCCUGCCCUCCUGUGUGUCCCUGAGUGUCCCCUGUGUGUCCCUUAGUGUCCCCUGAGUGUCCCCGCGUGUCCCCGGAGCCGCCACCCUCGGAGGAGGAGCCGGGGCUCGUUCCCCGAUCCCGGUAUAUAUCACUGCCCUCCCAUGACGCUUCCUUCUUUCUUUACUGCUAAAUUCUACACACCAGCUUCAGCUUGGCAGCCUUGGCUUUGGUUUGGUUGAUUCUUUUUCCAACACUUGAAUUGAGGGGAGAUUGGAAGGAGAGGUGAGGAGCAGGGUGAGCCCCUUGCAGGACGGUGAGCCUGGAUCCUCCUGGUUCCAGCCUGGAUCCUCCUGGUUCCCUGGGCAGCCAGGGUACCUUGGCACGGGCUGGAGCCCAGCUCCAGGCUCACGGGCCGGGCAGGGGCGCUGGGAGCUGAGUUUGUGCCGAGGGGCAGCAGCCGGAGAUGUUGGUGAGCAACCAAAGAGGAGCUGGAGGCCGAGAUGUCGCCUUCCUCUUGCUGCUCUGCCUGGGGCACCCCAGGCCUGAGGUGGCUGGGAUGCUCCAGGGUGAUUCCCUGGGAUCCCCUGGGUUGAGAUUCCCUGUGAUCCCCAGGAUGAUUCCCUGUGAUCCCCAGGAUGAUUCCCUGGAAUCCCCCAGGAUGAUUCCCUGUGAUCCCCAGGAUGAUUCCCGGGGUGCCCCAGGAUGAUUCCCUGUGAUCCCCAGGAUGAUUCCCUGUGAUCCCCAGGAUGAUUCUCUGUGAUCCCCAGGACGAUUCCCGGGGUGCCCCAGGAUGAUUCCCUGUGAUCCCCAGGAUGAUUCCCGGGGUGCCCCAGGAUGAUUCCCUGGAAUCCCCCAGGAUGAUUCCCGGGGUGCCCCAGGAUGAUUCCCUGUGAUCCCCAGGAUGAUUCCCUGGGUGCCCCAGGAUGAUUCCCUGUGAUCCCCAGGAUGAUUCCCGGGGUGCCCAGCUGAGGCCCCGGGCGAAGGGAAGCAGCCAGGUCCCAGUUCAGGGACGGCAGGAGGAGGGCAAGUGGCAACAUUGCACUUUAUCUUCUGAGAUUGCAAAAAGCAAACGAUCCGUGCCCCGCUGCGGAGGGACAGUGGCGUCACCUUCUCCCUGCGCUGCUUUUCCCCCGUUCCCGAUUUUCUGAUUCCGCGUUUCCCGAGCUCUGGGCGGUGGCGGCCGCGUCCCCGCCCAGACCUCGCCCCGCUCGGCCCCAGCCCGUGCUUCUGUGCCACUUCUCUAACACUUGUUGUGCCUGUGUUUAGCCGAUGAACUAAAUCCAGAUUCACUAGAGUUUGCCGUGGUGUUUCUAGGACAGCUUCAGUUUAAUACGGAUUUCUUUUUUAAUUUUGUUUUGAGGAAGCGGCUGUACAUACUGCUAGGCUGGGAAGGAGCCGUGUGUGGUGGGAAUGGCUUUGGUUUCCUGUCUGGAGAGGUGGGAUGAGCUGGGCAGUGCUGAGACCGGGAGCGCUGCUGGGGGAAGGGGCUGCAGGCGCCGGGGAAAUGGGAAUUGUGCUGGGAAUGAGGCGCAAGGUGAAUGUUCGCGUUCCUGUCCCGAGCUGGCUCCUGGCUUGGGAGGCUGGGCUGGGCAGGGGCUGAGCGGGGCCAGGCGGGCGCUGGGGCUCAGCAAAGCCGGGCUCAGCAAAGCCAGGCUCAUGGGCCAGGUGGGCGCUGGGGCUCAGCAAAGCCAGGCUCAUCGGGCAGGAUGGGUGCUGGGGCUCAGCAAAGCCAGGCUCAGCAAAACCAGGCUCAUCGGGCAGGGUGGGCACUGGGGGCUCAGCAAAGCCAGGCUCAUCGGGCAGGGUGGGCUCUGGGGGCUCAGCAAAGCCAGGCUCAGCAAAGCCAGGCUCAUCGGGCAGGAUGCUCAGCCAAGGCGGGCGCAGCUUUCGAGGGGCUGGGCUGGCUCUGAGCUCCAUCCCGGCGGGGCUGGGCUGCCUCCCAGCGUUUCAGUGGCAUUUUCAGUUCCCUUGGGCUCGAGGCCGCGGCUCCCGCUCGGCUCCCGGCUCUCUUGAAUGUAGUUUCUUUUCUCCGCCGCCCCUCGCGUCGUCCCCGCCCAGUGUCGGUGUGAGAGGGGCCGCGACCCCCCGUGUUUGUGUUUAGGGCAGAACUUCUCGUUUUCUUGGAGCUUGGUGUCGGUGGCGUCCUGGAGGUGACGGGGCUCUGCUGAGGGCAGGGCUGAGUUCCUGCUGGCGCCCGGUGGCCGUGGCUGGGGCCCGGUGGCCGUGGCUGGGGCCCGGUGGCCGUGGCUGGGGCCCGGUGGCCAUGGCUGGGGCCCGGUGGCCGUGGCUGGGGUCUGGUGGCCGUGGCUGGGGCCCGAUGGUCUCCAGGCUCAGAGCAGGGUUUCCCUGGGGCCCGGCGGGCGGGCAGGAGAGGCUCCGGGCGGCGGCAGCAGCAGGGGAAGGCUCUGAGGGGCUCCGGUUCUCCCUCCGAACUCCCGCCCUCAGGCACAGAUCCCACAGAGGCUCCGGGCCCAUGGCGCCCUCAGGGCAGCGCUGUCCCGGCCCGUGGGUGUCUCAGGGCAGCGCUGUCCCGGCCCGUGGGUGUCUCAGGGCGGCCCGUGGGUGUCUCAGGGCAGCGCUGUCCCGGCCCGUGGGUGUCUCAGGGCGGCGCCGCCCGGGGCGAGGCAGGAGCGGCGCUCGGAGCCGCGGGGCUGCGGCCGGGGAGCGCUCGGGGUGCGGGACGAUCCCGGCUCUUGGCUCCCUCCGUGGAAGCCACUCAACCUCUCUGCCUCAGUUUCCCCAUCUGCAAAGGUGGGGGGGAUUCAGUUUUACCUCACCGGGCUGUUGCGAGGCGCGAGCAGCGCGUGGCUUGUCUCUCGAUGUGGCGUGUUCUCCUUCUUCUGUGUCAUAGGAUUAUUGUGCAGGGGUGCCCGAGGCGGGGGUCGGGCUGGGAGGGGAGCUCAGUGCUCGCUGUGGCAGCAGCUCCGGGGGAACCCAUCGCUGGCUUCUGCCUUCGUGUCUCCCCUCCCCGGGGGCUGUACGAGCGUCGUCUCCUUAGCAACAUUUCCUGACUUGAUGUUGUGAUUCUUACUAUUGUAAAGGGUUGAAAUAAAGCUUCUAGAUGUUCCUCCUCA